GGGGCACACGAAAAAUGCCUUUCGCAGCUCCACAUAAUAACAACAUUAAUAAUAACAACACUAAUUCUUGUCGGGACUGAGCCGUGACGCCUCCCGCAGGCCGGCCGUGAAAAAUGUCGAAGUUUUAUUGACCUUGCCCCGGCUUCUGAAAAAGGUGUGCUGUGGCUCUCAGUGGUGUCCGAGGUGUUGUACAUCAUGCUGUUGGUCGUCGGGUUCAGCCUCAUGUGCCUCGAGCUCUUUCAUUCAAGCAGUGUCAUAGAUGGGCUCAAGUUAAAUGCCUUUGCUGCUGUCUUCACUGUGCUUUCAGGUCUCUUGGGGAUGGUGGCACACAUGAUGUACACUCAAGUGUUCCAAGUGACAGUCAGCCUUGGGCCAGAGGACUGGCGACCACACUCCUGGGACUAUGGAUGGUCCUUCUGCCUGGCCUGGGGCUCCUUCACCUGCUGCAUGGCAGCCUCUGUCACCACCCUCAACUCCUACACCAAGACUGUCAUUGAGUUCAGGCACAAGCGCAAAAUCUUUGAGCAGGGCUUUCGAGAAGAGCAGAACUUCCUAGACCAGGAAGCCAUCAAGUACUUCAGAGAAAGGGCUUCACAACACCCAGCUCUAAGUGUCACUAGCCCGCAGAGGAACAGGAGUGACCAUAAUGCUCAGAAAAUCCCCCCAUUCGCUACGUCAAGCUCUUCCAGCGACACAUCAAGCAGCUCUUCACUUUCAUCAGAACCAACCAGCCAGAUCUCCAUGGUUCAGGAUCAAACCCUGCUGGACAUCACCUCCAUCACUAGAUUGGCCCCAGGGGAAUCACCAAACCCUCAACCACUUGAGCAAAGAGAUACAAAUUUAGCAAUAUCGUGUUCCAGCCCACUCGGAGCAAGGACUAUUCCAGCAUCUUGCCCAGCCAGCCUCAGGCUCAGUCUAACACCCAGCUCAGCCAAGCCACAGCAAUACUCUGACUGCUCUCCAGUCAGCCCAGGGAUCAAUGCAGCUUCCUUCUCCACCUUCUGUCCUCACUCAGCACAAAACGUACGAGCUUCAGCUUCAGAUCACACACUGACCCCAACCAGGACAAGCACAAGGCCUCCAGCAACAGCGACUCCUGAAGAGAGUUCCCAGGCUCCUGGCUAUUCUGAAACUGAGUUAAAGAAUACAGGAAAGGGGUUUGAAUCAGAUCUGGAAGAUCCUGAUCAUGAGAGGAGAUUUGUAACCACACAGGAAUUCCAAGCCAUGGAGAAAGAGCUAGAGGAUGUAAAGGAAGACCUGAAAUGCCUGAAGUGGAAGGUGAGACACAUAGGUGAAACGGUGCAGCCCCUGGCUGAGGACAGCAAGAGGUACAACGGCUACACCCUGAUGGAGCUCAAGGCCAUGGUGCAGUUUGAGGAUGACCCUUACAAGGCUGCCCACAAGAUCCUCACUGCUCUCUUCAGCGAUGUCUACUGGCCACAGCACCCAGGCAUCGAGCAGGCCUGCAACUCCUGCUCCCUGCCCAAGCCCAACAUAGACCCAGAGCUGUACACGGUCUACUGUGACAUCCUGAAAAGCAUAUUCCCUGGAAUUAGCAGCCAGACAUUGAGGGAAGAGACACAGCACGUGCAGAAAGGCACCCAGAGUGCAGUGCAGUAACAGCAGAGCCCAGAGUGCUGUGCAGAGUGCCAGGCCUGCAGUGACUCCAGAGGACUGGGCUGUGCUAGGUCCCGUUGGUCCCUUUAGGUAUGGAUUGUCUGUGAAGGUGUUGGUGAGCUCUGAGCCCUCAUGCCACUUGCCCAGUGACACAGAGUGGGAUGGCAUCCUGCACUCUUCCCACAUUUUAGAAAACAAUUGCUCCUUUGGUGUCUCUUUCAAUCUAUGGACGUGUCCUUGUUUCCAGCAACUACAAAUGGUGACAAAAGAAUCCCACAAAGGCGUUGUACGUCCAAGCAAGGGCCUUCUCCCAGCCCCAAACAGACCAACCAACCAACCAACCAACCAACCAGCAUCUGGGUAGUUUCUAUUUUCUAGAGUGUAUCAUUCAUUAAAUGACAUUACUUGUUAGAAAA